CUGAAAAAUUCAGAUGGACGAAUGGCAAUUUUUGGAUGAAGUUGAUGUGCUCGCGAAAUGGCCUGCGGAGCACAAAAAAGCCGUGCUCGAGCCCGGAGCCAAAUGGAAGGAGAGGAAGGAAGGAUUGGAGGCUCUAAACACUCAAAUUGAGCAAAAUCCGCGGCUCUCGACCUCCACAAUGACAAUUUACGGCGAAUUAAUGGAUGAAUUGAGAAAAAUAUUGGAUCGGGAAUCGAAUAUUGUUGUAGUUACGACAGCAAUUCGUACUGUCGAACUAUUGGCUCGGGGAAUACGGCAACGAUUUGCUGGAUUUAUUGGAAUGGUAGUGCCAUUUCUGAUCAAACGUGCCAAGGAUAAGAAGAAGAACGUGAGAGAUGCGAUUUUGGCGGCAAUGGGUGCUGUGGCUGAUACGACAACUUCCGAGCGUCUCCAAAAGGAUCUUAUCGAUUGGUUCGGAAUUCCGUCUCCAGAGUCAAAAAAGACACUUUUACACUUUCUUUACGCAUAUUUCUGCCGCCAAUGCACACCGGAUAUCCAAUUUAUUAAGACGAUCGCUCCGUUGAUUGUUAAGGCUUCAUCCGAAAGUGACGUCACAGUCCGCGACAAGGCGUGCCAGGCGCUAGGCUCCAUCAAACGCCUAAUAGGCGACACAAUCACCGCCUUCAUCGGCCCAAUCUCCACAGAAACGGCGAAAAUCGAAAAAAUCAAUCAAUACCAGCAAGAAGCCGCUGAGGAAUUCAAAAAAUUCCAGGAAACUCAGCCAAAAGCCGGCGGUGAUGGUGGAGCUGAAAAUUCGGCGGAAAAUUUGGAUGAAAAUCAAGAAAAUUCGCCGGAAAAAGCUGAAAAACCACAAGUUUUAGACGCGUGGGAGCUCCUGGAGCCGGAAGAUUGCUCCAAAAAAAUCGAUAAAUCUGUGGAAACUCAAUUAAUCGAUAAAAAUUGGAAAGAACGGCUCGCCGGCGCUGAAAAUGUGAAAAAAUCGAUGGAAAACGCGGGGAGAAUUGAAAUUUCCGAACGAUUAACGGAAAUUUCGAAGCUUUUAAUGAAAAUUGUCGAAAAAGAUGUGAAUGUUAAUGUCGGCGCGAUUUCCGCGCAAAUUUUGGCGGAAAUUGCGAAAAAAUCGAGAUUUUCGUUUGCCCCGCUCGCUCUGAGAGCAUUUCCCGUGGUUUUUGACAAGUUGAAGGAUAAAAAGGCGAUUUUGAGAGAUGCGUUGGUGGAGUUUUGUGAUGAAGCAGCGAAUACGACCCCCCUGUCCGCCUACUCAGAAGCUGUCAUCACUGCAUUGAGCAACAAGAAUCCACAGGCUCGACAGCAAACUGCUCUAUUUUUGAGCCGAUUUUUCGCGAAAAACGACCCCAAAACCGUGGAGACGGAGGCGGUGAAGCAGCUCGCCGAGCACAUUUUGAAGACAUCCAACGACGCUGACAAAGAAGUACGCGAGGCGGCCCUUCGAAUUGUUGCCGCCGUGCAAAAAUGCCUUGGAGAAGGUGUGGCGAAGCGUCUGUUGGCUGAAGUUUAUGAUGAUAAGCUUAAAGCGGAAAAGCUUCCCCCGCUUAUCGAAGAGCUCGAGAAGGAAUUCGGGAGCUCGGCGAGCCCUGAGAUGCUCCGUCUCGCCAAACACUACAAAAUCGGCGCCUCCAGCACCUCUGCUCCACCGAAAACCACGGCCGCCGGAGCCCCAAAACGUCCAUCUUCUGCAGUUGCUCCGCGACGAGCUCCGCCAGCUUCAGCUGCUCCAACUCGCCGAGCCCCAUCUCCAAAAGCUCCGGUGGUGGCUCCGACUCGAAGAGCUCCGUCGCCAAAAGCUCCAGUGGCUUCGGUGGCUCCUGUGAAGCCAAAGCCUUUCGUGGCGAGACCCGCGCCGAGUUUUGGGAAGCCCAGAGCUGCAGUUGCACCCGCUAGAGCUCCGCAAAUCACGCAGAGAGCGCCAGCAGCCACCCGGCCAUCCACGUCAGCAAUCCGCGUGACCCCGAUAGCUCCAAAUGUGGUCAGAAAUGGUGCUCCGACGACGGCUCAACAGGCUCCACGGAAACCAAUUGGAAUCGCUCGACCACAGACUUCAAGUGGAAUUGCUGCUCCGGGAGCUCCGAGAUCGAGAAUCGCAAUGCCCACCACAAGCUCCUCAUCACUGGCUCGCCGUCCCGGCUCGGCGUCCUCCUCAGUGCCACGUGUCCCCACAGGUGCUGCCUCGAUGACGUCAUCAUCUCGCAUUCGACCACCGUCCCGCCCUGGAUCCCGUCCAGGGUCUCGCAACGAAUAAUUUUUUUUUUUUGAAAUUUAUUUAUUUAUUAUGUGAAUAUGUUGAAAAUUUUCACUUUUCCUUGACAUUCCUCCCUUUUAAUUCCAAAAAAAUUUGGUUUUUCCCUCAUUUUCCAGGCUUUUUUCGGAGAAAAAUUUGCUGAAAUUCGAGUUUUAGGCCUAAUUUUCUGAAUUUUUUGGCCUAAACCCCCUUUUUUCACUAAAAUUCGAAUUUUAAGCCAAUUUUUUGGCCUAAAAGCCUGAUUUUACACUGAAAUUCCAAUUUUUAGCCCUAAUUUCCGUCUAAAAAUCUCCUCCCAACAUGUAUUAUGGCAUAAUUUUGCUCUUCCCCCGGACCCCGUGUAUUUCAUUUAUUUAUUUAAAUUAAUUUUUUUUUCCAUUUUUAUUUAUGAGUGAAAUUUUAAAUUAU